CCCGUAAAAUGCAUUUAACAACAAAUUCAACAACCCCAACAAAUGGGAAUGGUGGGGGUGCCAAUAAUGGGGGUGGUGGUGGUACGACAACAACAUCAUCCCCCGAUGGAUCAAAUUCCCUUAAUGAUACGUAUACAAAAAUGACAUCGGAUAUUUUAGCGGAGCGUACGUUAGGUGAUUUCUUAUCAGAGCAUCCUGGUGAAUUAGUUCGUACUGGAAGUCCACAUUUUGUAUGUACUGUUUUGCCACCACAUUGGCGAUCAAAUAAAACAUUACCAGUGGCAUUUAAAGUUGUGGCUUUGGGUGAUGUUGGUGAUGGUACAAUGGUUACCGUGAGGGCGGGUAAUGAUGAAAAUUAUUGUGCUGAAUUAAGGAAUUGUACGGCGGUUAUGAAAAAUCAAGUAGCUAAAUUUAAUGAUUUACGAUUUGUUGGACGUAGUGGAAGAGGGAAAAGUUUUACCUUAACGAUUACAGUCUCAACUAGUCCACCACAAGUAGCAACAUAUAAUAAAGCAAUUAAAGUAACGGUAGAUGGACCAAGAGAACCUAGAUCUAAAACGAGGCAACAACAACAAUUCCAUUUUGCGUUUGGACAACGGCCGUUUCCAUUUGCAGCGACGGAUCCAUUAUCUAGUUUUCGAAUGCCUCCAAUAGCUAAUUGUCAAAAUAUGUCUCAAUUUGGUCUUAGCAGUAGUAAUUCACAUUGGGGUUAUGGUGCGGCUGGAGCAUAUUCACCAUAUUUAACUCCAAGUUCAUUAGGCUCAUGUGCGGCACCCUCAACACCACAAUUCAAUGCACCCGCAUUAGGUUUUUCGGGCUCCGCACCAGAUCAAACAAGUGGUCAAGAUGCCUUUUCUAGUUCAACAGUUAGUACAUUAUUACCGGAUUCUACUGGUACAGAUCUAGAUCAACACUUGGGUUUGGUAACAACCCAAAAUACCCAACAUAACACAACAAAUAACCAUCAAGGUACAACGAAUCACAAUACACCAACCUCAUCGUUAUUAGUGCCAAGAUAUCCGGGUAAUGGAACUGGAAGUAACACAUCAAACUCCGACUACACAUUAUCCGGUCCCCGAUCUCUAUCCGAUAAUUCAUCAGCAGCGGAAAGCCCGGUUCAAGAUGAUCUUUUAAAUAGUGUAAAUAAUGUUCACAAUACAACAUUCAUGAGUACAAACAAUCAUGCACAAAGUGGUGUAGGUAACGGUGUUUCUGGUGGAGGUGGGGGUAUACCUGGUGGUGGUGGAGGUGGGGGGCAUACAGCAUCUUCAGGAGGUGGUGGUUAUCCUACAUCAAAUUGUAAUAAUUCAUUGUAUCCAGUAUUACCCGCUAGCUUAUUAUAUUCACAGCUAUAUUCGGCUGCAAAUCAAAGUCAUUUUCAAUCGUUGUCACAACAUCAUCAUCAUAGCACAUCUUCGUCAGGAGGAGCUAGUGCAGGUGGUGUUAUUAGCACUCAACAAACACAUCAUAAUGAAUUACAAUCGGUUAUGGAUCAAUUAUCAACAACAGCACAUUCACAUCGACAUCAUGGCGGUGGGGGUAUUGGUGUUGGGAUUGGGGUUGGGGGUAUGAAUGGUACUAGUGAUAUUUUAUUAAGUAAUAAUCCAACGUCAUGUGCAGCCGCUGCGGCACGACAGCAACAACAAGACGAUGGUGGACAUGUGAGAAGUUUAACUGGUAAUAAUGGUGGACAACGUGGUCCCGCACAAACUGGUGGUGAUGCUGUUGUUUGGAGACCGUAUUGA